UUUUUUUUUUUUUUUUUUUUUUGCAUAGGGACCUCUGAAUUAGGUUGGAGAAUUGCCAAGUUAUCCAUGUCCUAAGUAUUUGGGGGAACUUUGUGAAGAGAGUCACCUUUCACUCCCAGCACUGACCAUGCCCUACCACCACUACUCCAAUACUACCAGUGCUUCCAUCACUGCUGCUACUGUGUCCAGCUAGUUAAGUGCCUGCCGUAUAUCAGGCAUUCAAAAUACUGAGGCCUGUGUCUCAGACCUGUAAUCCUAGUUAUUUUGUUGAGUGAGGCAGGAGGGUUACAAGUUCAAAGCUUGCCUGGGUUACAGAGUGAGUUCAAAGCCUCCAAAAGAAUUCAAGGCCAGCCUUAGCAACUUACGGAGACCCUGUGUCAAAUAAAAAAAGGCCGGGAGUAUAGCUCAGUGGUGAAGUGUUUGCCUGGCCAGCAUGUACAAAGGUCCAAGUUUAAUAUCCAGUACUGAAUAAACAUAAAACCAAGCAUUGUUACUUAUCUUCAAAGCUGCAGCUCUCUGAAUGCCCAGGCACAUAAUCAGUACUGAUGUAGGGUAUGAAUGGAGUGAAGAAGGUGGAAGUAUUGUUCUGGGUCCCAGACAAAGAAAUCUAAUCCCAGAAGACAGGAGAAAAAAGGAAAUUUAAAUGAUGUCUAACCAAAGUAUAAUAAUUUCUUCAAACAGAGGCAAGGAAAGUGUAGUUUCUGAACUGGAUGAUGGCAACAUUACAGAAUUACGAAGAAUCUGAAAAGGGGACAAAGAAAACCUUUGCUCCACCUACACAAAAACCACAUAUCGUGAAACCCCAGCCUAAGUCAUGGAAGGAGGAGACCCUGGGGACCAGUUCUCCAGAGGCUGAGGCCAAGCCAAGCCGCCCGAAAGCCAGCUCAAAGAAGAGGGAGCAGAAGACAGCCACAGAGCAUGGUCCAAGUGGGGGCCAGGAGAAAAAGCAAAAGACUCAAGACAAGCUGGCUGAGAAGAAAGGAAAGUCUCUGCAGGAAAAACCAACUCUUACCAACGCAGAAUUUGAGGAGAUUUUCCAGAGUGUACUACAGAAAUCCCUGCAGGAGUGCUUGGAGACUUCCUGUGCCCAACCCAUAAUACCUACCAAAUCAGACAGAGAACCAGGAAUUGCUCCUUCAGCAGAUAAUGAAAAUGCUGAUGGGGAGAAGGUAAUAGUACCUGAUACUCCAGAGAUUGCAUCUUCUCUCGAAGAGGAAGUGAGCUCUGAGACAAGGACAUCUAAGUCAGGCCAGCCAGUUACUGAACCCUCUAAGAAGAAAUUCAACAGACUUUUUUCAAGCAAAAGAAAGAAGAAAGCUGAAGAUGAGAAAAUCCAAGAUGGACAUGGGUGCAGUCUGAAAGACAAACAGAAAACAAUGAUUCAGGAUCAUUCUCAGAUCAGGGGCCAGCAGAAAGAAGAAGGUGGUGGUUUUGGCCAGUGUCUCAUCUGGGUCCAGUGUUCCUCUCCAAAGUGUGAGAAAUGGAGGCAGCUACGUGGAGGCAUUGAUCCCUCAGUUCUCCCAGAUAACUGGUCUUGUGAUCAGAACCCAGACCUGAACUAUAAUCGCUGUGAUAUUCCUGAGGAGACCUGGACAGGGUGUGAGAGCGAUGUGGCCUAUGCCUCCUAUGUUCCAGGAUCCAUCAUCUGGGCCAAGCAAUACGGUUACCCCUGGUGGCCAGGCAUGAUAGAAUCUGACCCUGACCUGGGGGAGUAUUUUCUUUUUGCAUCUCAUCUUGAUUCCCUGCCGUCCAAGUACCAUGUGACAUAUUUUGGAGAAACAGUUUCUCGUGCGUGGAUCCCAGUUAGCAUGCUGAAGAACUUCCAGGAGCUGUCCCUGGAGCUAGCCAGAGUGAAAAAAUGCAAGAACAAGGACUAUGGCCAGAAACUGGAGGCAGCCAUAAGGAUGGCUCACAAGGCAGAGCAGAUCAGUGUUCAGGAGCGGGUUAACUUGUUUGGUUUCUGGAGUCGAUACAAUGGAUCUGACGGCAGUGGGGAAGGGAAAGAUUUGAUGGUCUGUGAGCCCAGCAGCCCCGAGUGUUGUCUGGAGAAAGAGAAGGACUCAGAGGAGGAGAAGGAGGAGAAAGAAGAGAAGAAAGACCCAACUUUGCCUAGACCCAAGCCAGCUAAAAUACAGACCAAAAAAACCAAGUCAAGAGGCCCAUCAGGAGGACCAGCCGGGACUUCAAAAGAGAAGACUGUGAAGAAGUCUCUGGGCAGUGAGUCUGCAGUCCCUCCUGGACCUGUUAUGGGAGGGAAAGAAGAACAGGGGAAUUUAGACCUGGACCAUCCAGGUAGGGAUCAGAGACUCGAGGGCCAGGGGGAAAUGAAGACCUUGUCUGCAUCUCCUCUCCCUGGGUCAUUUCUGAACAGUUCUAUAACUCUUCAUGCUUUUGUGCUGCAGUAGGAGGAUUAUCAAGUUGAGGCUGGCCUGUGUUGUAUAUAAGUUCUAGGCUAGCAUGGGCUACAUAGUAGGACCCUUUUUCAAAAACAUCAAAAAAAAAAAAAAAAAAAAAAAAAAAAA